AUGGAAGAUCCAAUCAUUGAAGGCAAAAAAUAUCAGUGUAGCUAUUGCACAAAAGUGCUCUCGUCAAAGCAAAAUCUUAAAGAACACCUGUUUACUCACAGUGGAGAAAAGCCAUACGUCUGCAAAGAAAAAGGCUGUGGCAUUAAAUUUCGCCAAGGAAGCCAACUUUCAGCCCACAGGAGAAUUCACAAAUCUAUCCAGGGGAAAGCCCAAAAAGCGUACUUUUAUGACAUCAAAGUAAGUCUUAAUUAGCUUUCUGAUAUAUUAAUUAGGCAUCCUCAUUUGUUGGAUGAAGAAUAUAACGAAAACCUACCACAGACCGCCAACACACUUAUUAAUGUGCCAUUGAUCACAGUGCCUCAAGAAAACAUUGUGUUGCCAUCGAUUCUCUAG